GCGCCAACGCCAACGCCAACGCCAACGCCAACGCCAACGCUCCCCGCCCGCUCCCACUCCCAGGCCAGCGACCAUUUUCACAUCAACUUCCAAAAUGCAAAAGCUCAAACUACAGCGAUAAUACACCACCUUUGUAGACUAGAUUUCUUGAAGAAUCCCUGACGAUCUCCUGUCGAAUUGUCUCUCCAUGUCUACUCUGCAGCUCUCUAGUUGCGGAGCUUUCCAUGAAAGCUUGUCUUUCUGCAACUUCACUUCACCCGAGAAGCUUUCUAAACCUGCGUUCUCUUCUUCUCUAUGGGGCAGGGAAUUGUGUUCAACUAACGGAGGUUUUAAGUUCACUGUUAGACGGAAGCUUCAUUUCAGUCGGACGACAACUACUAGGGUUUCCGCUUUGUCCAAUGGUCCCUUUAAGAUGAAUCUCAAUGAGUAUAUGGUAACACUUGAGAAGCCACUGGGAAUCAGGUUCGCGCUUUCCGUCGACGGCAAGAUCUUUGUUCAUGCUCUCAAGAAGGGGGGCAAUGCAGAGAAAUCAAGAAUAAUCAUGGUCGGUGACACUUUGAAAAGAGCAAGUAAUGUAUCAGAUGGCAAGCUUAUUGAGAUGAAAGACUUCGGCGACACACAGAAGAUGCUCAAGGAGAAAACAGGAUCCCUUAGCCUGGUCCUAGAGAGACCCUUUUCUCCUUUCCCAAUUCAACAAUUACAUUUCAUCAAUGAUCUUGAGAAUAUUUUCAACAGAGGUCGGGUUCCUGUGGCUACUUGGAACAGGAAUAUAUUGGCAUCAAAUUUGCAUCCAUCAUCCGAGGGAUGUGGAAAUUCUGGUUUUGUUAUGUUUUYCACAAAGUUCCUAACAUCACAAGGGUGGAAGCUUCUAAAUGAUCAAAACGGUCGUUCUGAUUUGCAUAUGAAGAACAAUGUUUUUCCUGCACCCAUAAGCCAAUUAGUUUGUAUUUUCUCAGAAGAAGAGUCUGGAGAUGUUGAGUGGGCUCAUGGAAGUUUCCCCUUGGAAGAAUAUAUUAAAGCACUUGAUCGUUCUAAAGGCGAGCUAUACUAUAACCACUCUCUUGGUAUGCGGUACAGUAAGAUAACAGAGCAAAUAUAUGUUGGAUCAUGCAUACAAAGAGAAGCAGAUGUGGAAACUCUGUCUAAAGUUGUGGGAGUUACUGCUAUCCUGAACUUCCAGAGUGAAAUUGAAUCUACAAAUUGGGGAAUCAAUUCCAAAUUAAUCAAUGAUGCAUGCUAUCGACUUAAUAUCCUUAUGAUCAACUAUCCAAUAAGGGAGGUAGAUUCAUUUGACUUGAGGAAGAAGCUUCCAUUCUGCGUUGGUCUAUUGUUACGGUUGUUGAAAAAGAACCUUCGAGUUUUUGUGACCUGUACCACUGGGUUUGAUAGAUCCCCAGCUUGUGUAAUUGCAUACUUGCAUUGGAUGACAGAUACCUCGCUUCAUGCUGCUUACAAUUUUGUCACUGGAUUGCAUGCAUGCAGGCCAGACAGACCAGCAAUUGCCUGGGCAACAUGGGAUCUUAUAGCUAUGGUGGAAAAAGGGAGGCAUGAUGGACCUGCAUCUCAUGCUGUGACAUUUGUGUGGAAUGGACAAGAGGGAGAGGAUGUAUACUUGGUUGGAGAUUUCACAGGAAAUUGGAAAGAACCAAUUAAGGCUGUCCAUAAAGGUGGCUCAAAAUAUGAGGUUGAAGUCAGACUUACACAUGGGAAGUACCGCUAUAAGUUCAUUGUCAAUGGGAAUUGGAGGCACUCAACCUCUUCACCAACAGAAACUGAUGAACGGGGAAAUAUCAACAAUAUAAUUAUGGUGGGAGAUAUUGCCAGUGUAAGGCCUUCUUUUCAACACCAGACAAAGGAUACCAUGAUUGUGAAGGUGAUUGAGAGGCCAUUGACUGAAAUUGAACGAUUCAUGUUGGCAAAGGCAGCUCGAUGUGUUGCAUUCUCCAUCUGUCCUGUCACACUAGCUCCAAAAUAGCUGCACUUGAUCAAUGUUCAAAAUAUCAGUAUCAUGUAUCAUAUCGGUUAGGUUGGACUUUCAUGCUUCAGGUUGGACCAACGUUGACAAACAUCAGUCCAUUUAAAAUAAGUUGGACCAGUGGCAAGGUGCCUAGGAAACCUGAUCAAAUCCAAACCCAUUGUUUUGCCUUUUUCUUUCAAAAAUUUGUAUAUGGUAUUUAUUACAAGUGACAAUGUACAAGAGAUUGAUGGAAUGGCUAAGAGUUGUGCUGAAUAGAGUAUUUGCAAAUUGAGGCUUCUGGUAUUCUUGUUUUGUAUUCUUAUACCGGAAUUGACCCUGAACAUGACGAAGGUUUUGUUCAGACUA